AAUGAGUCUGACAAAUUCUAUUAGAAAUCGAAGUAAAAGAUAUACAACAAAAAUUAAGCAAAGAGUUUGUACACUUGGUAUUAUAGCUGAUCAUAAACUAUGGCAAUAUUACAAGCUAAACUUCAUGGAUGAUAGUGUAACUUAUAAUCGACUUCUAAAUUCAAUUAAUCUUAUUGUUGAAAUGACUAGAGAUAUUUAUAGAACAACUGAAUUUGAAACGUCUGAUGGUACGAAAAUUUUUGACGGAAUAGAUUUCGAAAUAAGAAAACUUGAGAUUAUUGAUGAUUGCUCGAAAGUAACGAAAAAGUAUCAGAUUGAAUUAUGUAAGGAAGAUAGGACACCUGACAAUAUAUUAGAAAUUAUUGGUUCGGAAAGGGAUAUCUGUAUGGAAUACUGCGUUGUUUUCGUCUUUACUCAUAGGGUAUUCGCUGAAGGUUUACUUGGAUAUGCUCACGUAGGCCAACUUUCAAGAGAUGGAGGACCUUGUCCAAAUUCUAGAUCUGAAUAUUGUUAUAACGUUGGAUUGGUAACAUCUUUAAAUCAUUACAUCCCAGUAACAAAUUACCAGCUGUCUUUAGUUUUGGCUCACGAAAUAGGUCAUAUAUUCUCAUCUGGUCACGACGAACGCUAUAAAAAUUCAAUUUGUACUCCAAAUGGCCAAAGUGGACAAUAUUUAAUGUACUCAUUCGCGAGGAGUGAGAAACAUAUUGGAUUUUGUGGUAAUAAUAUUAUUGAAUUUGAUAGAUUUAAGAACGAAGAAUGCGAUUGUGGUCUUGCAAGGAGAAAUUCUUAUCUCAAGGCCCUUGCUGCAAGAAUUGUAUCAUUCGAAAAGAUGGCUCUUGUCAAAGUGAAACUGAAUGUUCUUAUUCAUCAAAUUGCACGUAUGAGAUUGUUAGGUACAGUAAAAUGCCCUAAACCAGAUCCAAAACCAGAUGGUACUUUAUGUUUAUAUGGUACAAAAUUAUGUAGUGACGGUAGAUGUUCAAAGACUGUUUGUGAACGUUUAAAAUCUUUUAAAAGUUGCGUAAAAGACGAAAAGACUUAUCCAAAGGGAAAAUAUCCAAAGUAUUUUUGCCUUCUUGCUUGCUCUCGUUCAAUUUGCAAUGGAGAUAAAGGUUAUUGUGAUUAUUUAAACAAUUGUAGAGAUUUUCUACUAGACGGACCUUUAAAACAGAUAGGAAGGAAAUUUUAUAACAGUCUUAAAGUUAAGAAUUUAAGGGAAUUAUUUAAGAAAUACUAUUGGUCCAUUAUAUUAAUAAUUGCUAUUGUUAUAUCAUUAAAUUUUGCAUUUAUAUACGGAUUCGAUCCAUCUUGUCAAUAUACUGAAAUAUGGCUGGAUUUGUACAAACAUGUUAGAGUUAAAAGAGCACAAACGAGACAGGAUGUAGAGGAGUUAAUGUUUAAAGAAAUACGCCGGAUUCUACGUAGGAGGUCGACAGUUCUUAAGGAAAACUUACAAAGUGGUAGAAAAGGAUUUUCUGCAAUUAACUUACGUCAACCAGUUGAUUUUGACGAAAUUUCUUUAAAAGCCGAAGAAAAGACAUUUGAAAGACAAGCUCAGAGUACUGAUCCUCGUAGAGAAAGACUGUCGGUUAUCUUCAAGUCUGGACCUUAUUUAACAAGUGAGAAAACCUUACAUGAUUCUCAGUCGGAUAAUGAAAAUACGGAUAAUGAAAUUAAGAUAAACUUGAAUGAGGAAGAAGAUAAUUUUGCUGAUUAA